UUUAUCAUUUCACUCAUUUCACUUCUGGACAGAGCUUAUUGGCGGUUAGUACUACAAAGUAUGUUUGCAGUGUUUAUUAAAUAAUUCAGGCAUUGCCUCUAGUUAUUUCUGUCCAAGAACAAACUACAUUCAAACAAUAAAAUUUGAAAGUACCAUCAAUUCGUGGUAGUGCAAUGGCUCCAAAGACAGGAAAAACAAAACCGCACAAAACUAAGGGAGAAAAAAAGAAAAAAGAAGAGAAAGUUUUGCCGACUGUUAUUGAGAUUAGUGUUGAGACACCAGAUGGUUCACAAGUUAUCCUCAAGGGUAUCUCUACAGACAGGAUACUAGAUUUGAGAAAGCUUUUAGCGGUCCAUGUUGAGACUUGUCACUUGACUAACUUCUCCUUAUGUCACGAGGUUCGAGGUGAGAGGCUGAAAGAUAACGUGGAAAUCGUAUCACUGAAACCAUGUCAUGUUUCAAUCGUGCAAGAGGAGUACAACACGGAAGAGGUGGCGGUGACGCAUAUUCGGAGACUUUUAGACAUCACGGCAUGCACCUCAACCUUCAAUGGCUCCCCAAAACCCAAAGCAACCAAGGAUCAGAAUUUAGAUUUGGGUGGUGAUGUCUCCAUGUGUCCACCGCCAAGACUUGGACAAUUCUAUGACUUCUUUUCAUUUUCCCACCUUACACCUCCCUUUCAAUAUAUACGAAGAUCAAACCGUCCAUUCCUCGAGGAUAAGACAGAGGAUGAUUUCUUUCAGAUUGAUGUUAGGGUUUGUAGCGGAAAACCAACUACAAUUGUUGCAUCCAGGAAAGGAUUCUAUCCUGCUGGAAAACGUCUUCUUAUGACCCAUGCAUUGGUGCCUCUCUUACAGCAGAUAAGCAGGGUGUUUGAUUCUGCCUACGGAGCUCUUAUGAAGGCAUUUACAGAACACAAUAAGUUUGGAAAUCUUCCUUACGGUUUUCGUGCAAACACAUGGGUUGUCCCUCCAGUUGUUUCUGAUAAUCCAGCAACAUUUCCCUCGCUACCCAUGGAAGAUGAAACUUGGGGAGGAAAUGGAGGCGGUCAAGGAAGUGAUUGUAAACAUGAAAAGAGACAGUGGGCAAGAGAUUUUGCAAUCUUGGCAGCAAUGCCUUGUCAAAAUGCAGAAGAGAGGCAAAUUAGAGAUAGGAAAGCCUUUCUGCUUCAUAGUUUAUUCGUAGAUGUAUCAGUCUUCAAAGCAGUUUCUGCAAUUAAGCAUUUUAAAGAUAGCAAGCAAAGUUCUAUCAGUAAUGUUCCAACUUCCUAUGAAGAAAGAACUGGUGAUAUAAAUAUUAAGGUGACAAGAGAUGUAUCUGAUGCAAGCCUUAAAUUGGACUUCAAAAAUGAUGGGACUCGGGUUCUUGGAUUAUCAGAGGAAGAACUUGCUCAGAGAAACUUGCUUAAAGGCAUAACCGCUGAUGAAAGUGCAGCUGUUCAUGACACUCCUACUCUAGGUGCAGUGAUUAUACGACAUAGUGGCUACACAGCUGUCGUAAAGGUUUCACCUGAGAGUGAUUGGGCGGGGAGUCCUGAUGGUUCCUUGGAAAUUGAUAUCGAGGACCAGCCUGAAGGAGGUGCAAAUGCAUUAAAUGUUAACAGCUUGAGGAUGCUAUUACACAAGUCAUCCACACCUCAAUCAUCUAAUGCAAUCCAACGAGUCCCAAGCACAGAUAUUGAUAAUUCUCAUUCUGCUCGGUCUUUCGUAAAGAAAGUUCUGGAGGAAAGUUUUCUAAAAUUGAAGGAAGAGGACACUAGACAUAGGAAAUCUAUCAGAUGGGAGCUUGGGGCAUGUUGGGUACAACAUUUGCAAAAUCAAGAUACAGCAAAAACUGAGCCGAAAAAGGCUGAAGAAGCUAAACUUGAACCAUCUGUAAAAGGUCUUGGCAAGCAAGGUGGAUUACUAAAAGAAUUGAAGAAAAAGAUUGACAUCAGGAACUCGAAAGUCGAACAGGGGAAUGACAUUGACAUAAAGAAGCCUGAUGCUACUCAACAGGAAUUAGAGAGACAGUGUGAAGAAAAGGAAACUAUAUGGAGAAAACUGCUUCCUGAGGCUGCAUAUUCACGCCUUAAAGAAUCUAAAACUGAUUUUCAUCUCAAGUCACCGGAUGAAUUGAUGGAGAUGGCACAUAAAUAUUAUGAUGACGUUGCACUUCCAAAGCUGGUGGCAGAUUUUGGAUCCCUUGAACUUUCACCUGUUGAUGGAAGAACAUUGACUGAUUUCAUGCAUACCAGGGGUUUGCAAAUGUUUUCUUUAGGAAAAGUGGUUGAACUUGCUGAUAAACUUCCUCAUGUGCAAUCACUUUGUAUACAUGAGAUGGUCGUUCGAUCGUACAAGCACAUCUUGCAAGCUGUUGUUGCAGCUGUUGAUAAUGAUUCGGAAUUGGCAUCAUCUAUAGCAUCAUGCUUAAAUAUAUUGUUGGGAGCACCAUCAGUUGAAACUAACGAUGUUGACAUUACUAAUUGUGAUAUACUGAAAUGGAAUUGGGUAGAAACCUUUCUUUUGAAGAGGUAUGGUUGGCAGUGGAAGUAUGAAAGUAGUAAAGAUCUAAGAAAGUUUUCCAUUCUCCGUGGACUGUGCCAUAAGGUUGGACUUGAGCUAGCUCCGAGAGACUAUGAUAUGGAUACAUCAUCUCCUUUCCGAAAGUCAGAUAUUGUCAGCAUGGUCCCUAUAUACAAGCAUGUUGCUUGCUCAUCUGCUGAUGGCCGGACACUGUUGGAAUCAUCAAAGACUUCCUUGGAUAAAGGCAAAUUGGAGGAUUCUGUCAACUACGGCACAAAGGCACUUUCAAAAUUAGUAUCGGUGUGUGGGCCUUACCAUAGAAUGACAGCAGGAGCUUAUAGUCUCUUGGCUGUUGUGCUAUACCAUACUGGUGAUUUCAAUCAGGCAACCAUCUAUCAGCAAAAAGCACUAGAUAUUAAUGAAAGAGAGCUUGGACUGGACCAUCCUGAUACCAUGAAAAGUUAUGGAGAUCUAGCAGUUUUCUAUUAUCGACUCCAGCAUACUGAGUUGGCUUUAAAGUAUGUUAAUCGUGCAUUGUAUCUUCUGCACCUAACUUGUGGACCUUCACAUCCGAACACUGCUGCCACCUACAUCAAUGUAGCAAUGAUGGAAGAAGGACUGGGGAAUGUCCAUGUUGCCCUGAGAUACCUUCAUGAGGCUUUAAAAUGUAACAAAAGAUUACUCGGAGCUGAUCAUAUACAGACGGCAGCCAGCUAUCACGCAAUAGCCAUUGCUCUUUCUUUGAUGGAAGCAUACUCUCUUAGCGUUCAGCAUGAACAGACCACUCUCCAGAUAUUGCAGGCCAAACUUGGGUCUGAUGAUCUAAGAACUCAGGAUGCAGCUGCUUGGCUUGAAUAUUUCGAGUCAAAGGCUCUCGAACAGCAGGAAGCCGCACGGAAUGGUACACCUAAGCCAGAUGCCUCAAUCUCCAGCAAAGGUCAUCUAAGUGUGUCAGACCUCUUGGAUUAUAUAACGCCAGAUGCUGAUUUGAAAGCAAGAGAAGCACAAAAGAAGGCUCGUGCCAAGUUAAAAGAAAAACCAGGCCAAAAUUGGGAUACAGCUACAGAUGAAAAUCACAAGGAGGAAGACGUGUCUCAAGAUUAUUCAAUUACAGAGACUUCAAGUGAUAAAGAAAACAAAUCUGAAGCUCAAUUUCAAGAACAAAAGAUUGAUAAAGUUGAGUCCAUUGACAUAGAUCAAACAAUGUUCAUUGAAAAUAAUAAACUAGCACAGGAUGACAGCUCAGAUGAAGGAUGGCAGGAAGCUGUUCCCAAAGGUCGUUCGCUCAUUGGGCGCAAGUCAUCUUCAUCAAGGAGACCGACCCUAGCAAAACUGAACACCAACUUCAUGAGUGCUUCGCAAUCACCAAGACAUCGAGGAAAACCCGCAAACUUUUCUUCUCCAAGAUCAAAUUUAAAUGAGACUAGUGUGGGGCCCUCCCUUCCUGUUUCAAAAAAGUUUGUCAAGAGCUCAAGCUUCAGUCCUAAGCUGAUUAACUCUAACACCCCUACUGCUGGAGUAGAGAAGUUAGCAGACACAAAGUCAGCUCCAGCCAGCCCAGCUCUAAGUGAUCAAAUUGCUAAACCAGCUCAUGUUAGUGGUGGCGUCGCUCUUCAGUCAACAAGUAAACUUUUUUCUUACAAAGAAGUUGCCUUAGCCCCCCCUGGAACAAUCGUCAAGGCUGUAGCUGAACAGCCAGCGAAAGGAAAUUUCAAUGUUGAACAAAAUUCCGAGGUGAGCCCCAUAAUAAAUGCAACAAAGGAGAUUCAUAGUAAUGUGGCAAGCUCAAAUGAUAUCGAAGAUAAUGUUCAUGAUUCAAUUGAUGAGAAACCGCAAGAAUCUUUCCAUGUUGAAGAAAAAGAGACGGAAGUUGUUGUGGUGACAAAUAAUACCAAAACAUUAAAAAGAAAUGAGGUCAGAAAACCCCGGGAAGCCAACAAUGAUGGUGUUGUAGAGAAGAAUGUUGAAGUUGGAAACAUCAUAGCUAUUGAGGUUGAGAAAUCUGAUUGUUUGAACAAUGCGGCCAAUGCUACCUCCAAUGGUUCAUCAGAGAUAGAUGCUAAUACAACUUUAACCAUUUCAGUUGAAAGUAAAACACAAUUAGAUGGAAAUGAUGUCUCUUUAUCAAAAGAUAUGGUUACUGAGGGAGAUGAGAAAAAACUUGACUUUCCCCAACCAUCUGACGGAGAAAAGAAAGAAGAAAUAGAAACCGGAAAAGAACCAACCAAGAAACUUUCAGCUUCUGCACCACCAUUUAAUCCGUCCACAAUUCCAAUUUUUGGCUCUGUUCCGGUUCCAGGUUUCAAUGAUCAUGUAGGCAUAUUGCCCCCACCGGUAAAUAUUUCUCCUUUGCUUCCACGAAGAUCUUUACAUCAGUCCGCAACAUCUAGGGUUCCAUAUGGUCCACGAAUUUCUGGUGGCUAUAAUAGACAUUAUGGGAACCGAGUUCCACGAAAUAAAAAUGCAUUUCCCUCUAGUGAUGGCAACCCUAACAGCCCUCCAACAAUAAUGAACCCACAUGCCACAGAGUUUGUACCUGGACAAACUUGGGUACCCCCUAAUGAAUACAUGGCUUCUCCAAAUAGCAUUCUAGUAUCUCCUAACAGUUCUCCUCCAGUCUCUCCUAAUGAUGAAAUUCCUCCUAAUUCACUAAACGAUACCCCAGUGAAUCAAAAUGAGUUUGCAACAUCUCCAUGUUCAAAUGAUUCAGCACAAGUUGAAGUUAUUCUUCAAAAUGAAAAAGUUGUAGAUGAGCAAGUUACAGAAGCUUUCUCAAUACGAGUCAAUAGUGAAAAGCAGCUAGUUCCUCAACAACACCCGCCUGCGAGCAACGAAAAUUGUUGUCCUAGACAAGAAGAAAAGGAUAUAUACCUUAGCCACCCAAUUGAGGAUGAAGUAGUCAACAACGACACUGUAGAUAAGGUAAAGCCAGACAAAUGUUGGGGAGAUUACAGUGACAAUGAAGUUGAUACGAAUGGGGUAAUUGGUUAAUGAAUGUUGGAGCUUUUCUUGGUAAUCAAGAAAGAGUUUUUGUUGCAAAGGUGUCAAGAUAACAAAAUGUGAUGCAAGGGAUUGACUAGAUUGACGAUCUCGUAGACCCGAAUCAUUCAUGGUAUAACUGAUUACUAAUAAUGAAAUGUGGAAGUCUCAUCCAUAUAUUGAUUGAGAGGGAGGUUCAAGUUUAAGGCCUGUUUUUGUGAAGAAAGUCACAUGACCACAGAAGACUGUGAGUAGUUACUUAGCAAUGUGUUAAAUUCUUUUGAUCUGUUGUAUUUUUUUCCAUGUUUAGCUUUAAUGUUAUGAUACUCUGAUUAUGGCUGAUGACUAGGAUGCAAGAUAAGUAAUGUAUUAUCUUUGUCUUUACAAAAUUGUUAUAAUUGAUAUUUUAAAAUGGUACUUUCCAUGUGAUGAAUAACAUGCUUAACAUUCAAAA